GUGGUUUCUCGCCUCUCGAGGGUAAGUUUGCCUUCGACUCCAUCUAUACCCAUGAACUUUUCUUUUGGCGCAUGGCGGGGUCCUGCAGUCUGCCCCGCCAUCGUCGUCAUAACUUUCGCGUUCCUGACUCGGGCGCGGGAAGAAAGACUUCGUAAAGUCAUAAUUGUGACCAACUGAAACUGACACGAUGGUUCUGCGCAGGUUUCAUGAGCGAGGCUGAUUACAAUGGAGUUGUCAAGGAGAACCGUCUUGCCGAUGGCGCUCUCUUCUCUAUGCCCAUCACCCUAGAUCUGUCGCAACAGACAAUCGACGAGGUCGGCCUCAAGCCCGGACAGCGUGUCACCCUGCGCGAUCUCCGUGACGAUGCCAACCUGGCUAUCCUCACCGUCGAGGACGUCUACAGACCUGACAAGCAGCUCGAGGCCAAGGAGGUUUUCGGCGGUGACGAGGAGCACCCUGCUGUCGCCUACCUCUACAAGACCGCUGGCGAGUUCUACGUCGGUGGAAAGAUUGAGGCAAUCAACCGUCUCCAGCACUAUGACUUUGUCGAUCUCAGAUUCACCCCCGCCGAGAUCAGGCAACACUUCGACAAGCUGGGCUGGACCAAGGUUGUCGCUUUCCAGACCAGAAACCCCAUGCACCGCGCUCACCGUGAGCUGACUGUGCGCGCCGCUCGCCAGCACCACGCCAAUGUCCUCAUUCACCCCGUUGUCGGCCUGACCAAGCCCGGUGAUAUCGAUCACUUCACCAGAGUCCGUGUCUACAAGGCGCUUCUGCCAAGAUACCCUAACGGCAUGGCAGUCUUGGGUCUUCUGCCAUUGGCCAUGAGAAUGGGAGGUCCCCGUGAGGCUAUCUGGCACGCCAUUAUUCGCAAGAACCAUGGUGCCACCCACUUCAUUGUUGGCCGUGACCACGCCGGUCCGGGCAAGAACAGCAAGGGUGUCGACUUCUACGGUCCCUAUGACGCCCAAUACGCUGUUGAGAAGUACAAGGAUGAGCUCGGCAUCCAGGUCGUUCCCUUCCAGAUGAUGACCUACCUCCCCGACAGCGACGAGUACGCUCCCAUUGACACCAUCCCCAAGGACGUUCGCACUGCCAACAUCUCUGGCACCGAGCUCCGUGCCAGACUCCGAAGCGGCCGUGAGAUCCCCGAGUGGUUCUCAUACCCCGAGGUCGUCAAGGUUCUGCGGGAGUCGCACCCUGCUCGAUCGCAACAAGGUUUCACCGUCUUCUUGACCGGUUACCAGAACAGUGGCAAGGACGCGAUCGCUCGUGCCCUCCAGGUUACCCUGAACCAGCAGGGUGGCCGUUCGGUCACCCUUCUGCUUGGUGAGACCGUCCGAUCCGAGCUUUCCGCAGAGUUGGGCUUCAGCAAGGAGGAUCGCAGCAAGAACAUCGGCCGUAUUGCCUUCGUCGCUGGAGAGCUCACCCGUUCCGGCUCGGCCGUCAUUGCUGCCCCCAUCGCCCCUUACGAGAUUGACCGUAAGAACGCCCGGGAGCUCGUCGAAAAGUUCGGUGACUUCUACCUCAUCCACGUCGCUACUUCCCUCGAGUACAGCGAGAAGACGGACAAGCGCGGCAUCUACAAGCGUGCUCGUGAUGGUGAGAUCAAGGGUUUCACUGGUGUCGAUGACCCCUACGAGACCCCCGCCAAGCCUGACUUGGUUGUUGAUGCUGAGAAGCAGAGCGUUCGUGCUAUUGUCCACCAGAUCGUCCUUACCUUGGAGAGCAAGGGCCUCUUGGACCGCCUAUAAAGCGUUGUCGUUUUCUAUACAUAAUAUGGGGUUAUGGCGGGGUCAUUUCCUAGCGUUUUUGGGAUGCAUUGGGUCACAUCAUGGGUUAUGUUUACUCUUCAAAAUUGUUGGAUCGCUAGAGAUGCCAUUGGGAAUGAGACACGAGCAUUGAAAGAUAGAGAGAAGACAUCUGUAGUCAACUACAUAGUGUCAUGUAGAACGAAUGGCAAACCCUGCAUGGGUUGUUGAAAACCGUA